AAUACUCUCAAACAUCCAUCGUCGAAGUUAAGUAAGUUUCAGUUUUGAGUUUCUCAGUUUUUCGGGGGACUGGCACUGCAAACUGGUAGUGUAAGAAGGAGAGGAGAGACUGAUCACUCCAGGUGGAUAAGAAGUUGUUUGUGUGAGGAUAAUUAGUACAUGGAUAAAUUACCUAUGAUUUCUGUCGUUGGUUAUCCAGGGAAUAGGACAAUGAGGACAGAAGGAAAUUAGCAUCAUGGGAUGUACCAGAUGACGUCAACCAGGUGAAAUUUCCAAUGAUACGAAAAAUCACCGGACAACUCAAACGGAUGGAAAUGAUACUAACGUUAAGAGAAUGAAAAAGUUUCUUAGUGUAGAAGUCUAAAUCUAAUUAGUUAUUUUAUUUUAUUUGUGGCAACUUGCAACAAUAGCUAUGUGCUAAAUACUGCUUAAAGGAAGAGUUGAAAGAAAUUAAAGCUUGUCAACAACUGUCUGGAGAAAUGUAUCAGAAUUGUGGAGACGUUUAGCUACUCUCACAGGCCAUUAGGAGACAUUGAACUUGUAUUUCUUACUGUUGUCUUGACGACAUUUCGUAUUCGGAUGAUGUGAAUUGCAUGCCAGCCACCAAUGAUCUUAUUGACAUUUAAGGUGUUAAGUGGAUUGUACUUGAAAACAGUUGGUCAAAUCGCAUAGAUAAUCCUAGACACUUCUUGGUUCUGAGGCAAACGACAGUUUAUUCAUCUAGUCGCUAGUCUCGUGCGGUCCAUGUUCGAUAGUAAAAGAUUUGUUUGUUAAAUAUGCAAUAUUCAAAACUUCAAACAAAAUUAAGCAGUUGUGGAUUAUAUACUGUUGGGAGGUAAAACUUAAUCGAAAAACUGGUAAUAAGUAUUAGAGAAUUUUUCUUUAAAUAGAACUAAUGGAUUUAUGAAGUAAAUAUUCCAUUGCAAGAAAUCAUAUGCUCCCUUUGGUGUAUUGUGUGAAAUUUGAUUGAUAAUUUCUGGGAGGUUAUGUAUCCUAUGUGAGAAGCUGUAUUAACAUUACAAUAAAGUUCGGAAGACUUUGGAUCUCUUAGCCUGUGUAUGCGAGAUGUCUCAGAAAUCCAGUGGAUGUUUUCUGGGGUGCAUGCUGAAGUUGUGCUCUUCUAAAUCCCAAGAAAAGACAAAGAAAGGCUCACCAACCCCAAGCAGCAGCUCCCUAGACUACAAAAUGGCUGGCAAAGACUUCCUACAGCCGAGCUUUCCGGCCCUCAACUCCCAACAACGACUCUCAGAUACCAAGACAAGGAACAAGGUGGCUCUCAAACAAGGGAGGUCACUGAUGGACUGGAUCCGACUUGGGAGAAGUGGGGAGGAUCUUACAGGUGUUGGGGGUAAAAUGUUGGAGGUGGAUGCAGAAGAAUUGGCCAAGCAUAAUCACAGGAAUGAUGCAUGGAUUGCUCUUAGAGGAAAAGUAUACAACAUAACCCCCUACAUGGAGUAUCACCCUGGGGGUGAGGAAGAGCUGAUGAGGGGGGCAGGGAUUGAUGGAACUCAGUUAUUUGAUGAGGUUCAUAAAUGGGUGAAUUAUGAGUCCAUGCUUGAGAAGUGCUUUGUAGGGAAGCUGAAGUCCACACCACCAGCUCAUAGACGUGUUUCCCUGUUAAGGACCUCGGAGUCUGGUGGAACAACCCCAGUUUUGCACAAAUCUCUUGGAAAAACUCUAACCACAGAAUCAAGGAAUGGGCCUAUGCCGCCACCAUCAUUGAAAGUAUUAGAAGUACCUACUGUUCCAAAAUUUGAUUGGUUCCAAACUAGCUCUACAGUCACAAUGGUGGUGUACACGAAAUGGAGGUCCAUGAAAUCAGAUUUCGUUGUUAUAGACAAUCUGGAGAACAAAUUUCUAGCCACCCUGUACAUAGAAGAUAAUAUUUACUACUUACACAUAGAGCUUGCUGAAGCAGUAUCAUUAAGCUAUGAAGUCAGAGUAAACAAGGACACGGGAAAAACAGAAAUUAUACUCACAAAAGAACAGGCUGACCAGCAGUGGUCAAGUCUUGGGAAGCAUCUAGAGAAACACAAUAAACUGGUCAAAGCCAAAGAACAGGAUAUUGAGUACAGGACAUGCACUGUCGAUUCUUUGUCUCCAGUUACCCAUGAUUCCAAGUUAUUAUGUCUGUCACUUCCUGAAGGAACAAGAAUGUGUGUACCUCUGGGAUACCAUGUCCACAUCAGGCACAAAGUGUCAGGGAUGGAGGUGGUGAGGAGUUACACAGCAGUGCUGCCGACCUUGGCUGGGGACCAGGAUACACGGGUUAUGGAUGGUCAAGUCCUCUACCUGAUGAUCAAGAUUUACAAAGGUGGAGCCCUCACUCCGUGGAUCGAUUCCCUCAGUAAAGGUGACCCUAUAGAGGUCAGUACAUUUACAGGGGACUUCAAUGUGCAGCAUUUGUCAACGUGUCGAGAUUUAGUCAUGUUUGCAGCAGGAACAGGUUUUACACCCAUGGUUCGCCUCAUAAACCACAGUAUACAGGACCUCCAGUCUAAUGUAAAUGUUAAGUUAGUAUUUUUCAAUAAAACAGAAGGAGAUAUUCUGUGGUAUGAUCAGCUGCAAUCUUUGACAAAGAAGUCUGACAGAUAUUCAGUCGACUACGUUUUGUCAGAGGCAGCCGACAGCUGGUCUGGAAGGAAAGGAAGGAUAACUCUAGAUCUGAUGAGAAAGUCAUUACCUCAACUCGGCGAGAACUCCAACACACUUAUAUGUGCCUGUGGUCCCACUCCAUUUACUAACUUAGUCACUCAAUAUGCCAAGGAAUUAGGAUAUUCUGAUAGUCAUUACCAUGCAUUCCAAGGAUGAUUGAGUCCAUAAUGAGCUCAACUUGAAACUUGUCUCAGGGAAAUGUAUCACAAAUCUGUCUGUGGCUCAUGGGCGGGGCCAACUCUUGUCAACGGAGUCUACUUAGAAAAAGCUGAGGAAAAGGAUCGAUAUCUGUUAAAAUUACCUCUAUGUAAAUCUGCCACAGCGGUUCAGAUUUUAAUCCAAAAAGGGAAUAUGAAAGGCAGAUAUAAUAUUUAUUAGUUUUCUGGUCGAUCAAAACUGUUGGUUGUUUAGAAGAGUGUUUGAUACACCUACUAAUACUGUAAACUCUAUCAUUUCUGUGGGGGUGUGAUUUUGUUGUUUUUACGGUAUAUGUAUACAGACAUACCCACAAAUUCAAAUCCUAAUUGAACAGGGGGAAAAAAGAGGGACAACUCUUAAACCAAAAAAUCAAGACCCACAAACAUGCAACUUUUCCCCCAACAUUUUGUUGUCAUAAAGUGAUGUUCAAAGUCUGGAGAUUUUUGUGUAGAUUUAUUUUACUGAUAUUGGAUUACAGUGCUGUAAAUUUGUUUUUCGGUGUCAAAUUUUGUGAAUGCUGAACAUUGUUUCUAUAAAAGAACAUGAUGAAUAUAUUUUACAAAUUUAUUUUUGCAGAAAAUAUCUUUUUUUUUUACCAAUUUAGUAGACCCGCAAACUUUAUUAUGAAGUAACCAAUAUUACAGUAUUAUGCUGUUUUUCUUGGCUAUCGAAUACACAGUGUCAUCAUCUCUUAUUGAGAACUACAAGGAGGAGUAGUGUAUGCGUUACUAUUCCAUUAAUUAAAUUUAAGGUGGUUCAUCACUCCCACUGAAAUUAUCUAGUUUCGGAGGAAACAGAAAUUGUUAUUGUUUUAAUGCAUGUAGAUACCAAUUAAGUAAUGAUGAGUAAAUUUUAUGGAAUAAACACAUAGAAAAUUCAAGAUUUAAUGAAUGAAAGUACAUUUUGAAAAGGUAUAGCUAACAAGACCAAGCAAAAUUCCCCACUGAUGAUUGACAGAUAGGUCAGUUACAUAACAACAGUUACAGGCUCGCAAUACAGGUGGGAUAAAUAAUCUGACAGUUACAGGCUCGCAAUACAGGCGGGAUAAAUAGUAUUAAUUCUGCCUUCUCGUGAUUGCAGUGCUGUACCUAUCAAAUAAAGUAAACACAAUUUCAAAAUCUUAGGAAAAAGUGUGCAUGAAAAUGGUGAUUUUAUGCGAGUAAUAUUACUUGUGGUCUUGAAAUUUUAAUCAAGGUCAUUUGUGAGAUUUGUUUUCACUACAUGAAGCAUGUUACAUCCAGAAAGCAACCAUGCGUUAUGUAAGUAGACUUAUCUUUCUGUAUGAGGUUUGAUCGGACGAGAGUUGUCCACUAGAAACAUCACCAGGAAUUUCACAUAAUAUACAAAAUAUUUUUUAUCAAUGUCAUAGUUUCUUUGGAAAGUUUGUUGAGUUUUUUGUCUCUUUACGAAUGUGUUUGUAAAUUGUGAGAGUUUUGAAGUCAUGAAUUUAUUCCAUAAUGCCUAUUUAUAGCAAUUUAUUAUUUAAAAUAUUCAACCUUGCAUCAAUAGAUUGAAGUAAUUCUUUUCUGUACGGUCUAAGAAUUGGACAUUUCCUCAAUAUGUUUCAAACAAAGAAAUCGUUUUACCGUAGAUGUCCAUUCUUGAUUGGUGCAACAGUCAUUUAAUGAUGAUGUAUUUUGUCAAAGAUUUCUUUAUCAGUCUGCAGACCAGUUGUUUGAUGGAAAACUCGAGGACUUCAUGAACAUUUGUGCAUUUUAGUUUUCUAAAACAGGUCUUGUUUUUCAUUAUCUGUGAUAUACCUGUUUCAAAGACCUUGGGAUGAUGUUUACAUAUGAUAAUGCUCUGCAAAAGUACUUGUGUUGGCAUUUGACAUUAUAUCUUAAUGAGUCACAUUGCCAUCUUAUACAAUAUAAAGUUUUAGCCUUGAAGGCAAUGUUGGUGGUGAAUCGAUUAACUGACAUGACACAAAUUACCUCCCUUUGCAGGAACCAUUUUUUAAAAAAAAAAUAUAUAGUUGAGCCAAUAUAUACCUCCGUAUUGUACAGGACUAUUCCAUUUAAAUUUAGCAAAGGGGUGUAUUAAUAUUUUUGUUAUGGUGGGGAUGAGACUUUGAUCAUGUAUGAUAGAAUGGACAUUCUUUGAAUAUUGAUGAAAGAAAUUCCAUACAACUUGACCGAAAUUGAGGCAUUCAAGAGACACGAGUGAAUGACCUAUGAAAAUAAAGAACCUGAGCCCUUCCUUGCAGUAGUUACUUCCUUUGACUUGUAACAAAUAAUGGAGGGAGAUGGGGGUUAAGAUAGCAGGAAUAUGUUUGUUGCUCAAAAUUCUAGUAAAAUGUUGAAUAGAAUGCAUACAAAACCACACCCUCCUGCAUGGAGUCUAUAUAGCUUACUGUGCUGCACUCAGGAUUUCCAAAUAAAUGACCGUAUUAAGAUGGAUAGCAAUUCUUACGACAGAGAACAAAAUAUAUAUAUUUAUUUAUUCCUGAUUAUGUACCGUUUGUUGGCAAAAUCCAGGGGUCGGUGUACGAGUCUUUAUUUAUUGAUGGGGGUUGUGUGAAAUAAGGUGCAUCCAUAUCCCAGGUAAUUUAAAUGGAAUAGUUCUUAAUUUGCUCAAGAAUUGUUACAAUUAAGAAUUGCUUUGAGUUACAGAUUAUUUUAGUCAGUUUUACAUUGUCACAUGAUGAAUUUCAAUCAAGAAUGAUGUAUCCUAGCAUUUACAGAAGGCAUUUUACCGAGGCAUACCCAAAUGAGAGAUCAUGUUAUGUUCUAUAUUGCUUGUUUGACAUGCACGUCCCUAAAGAUGUGAUGGAACAUCAUGUCAUGCUGGGGACACUUUUUACAUUUGUACAUGUUAGGGUUACCUGUUGUUAUAGACAUGUUUAUAGUGUUAUAAAAAUAAAUAAUUUAAUGGCUUA